AUGGUUCUCUCAUCAAUAUGGCGAAAGCAGCCCAAGACGGUGCCCACCGACAAGAUCAUUCCGCUACGGGCCUGGGACGAUGCGCCCUUCCUUCGUUACCUUGGUUUCGACUUCACCAUGCAGUUCAACGACGUGCUGGACCCAUCCAAACUCCAGGCAGGGCUGGUCCGGUUGAUAGACACUGGAGAGUGGAGGCAGCUCGGGGCUCGGUUACGGGUCAAUCGCAGUGAUCAUCUGGAGUAUCAUCUCCCAACGUGCCAUGACGCGUCGCGACCGGCGUUUCGCUUUACGACUGCUGAACACCGCAUGGGCAUUGCCAGCCAUAUAUUGGGCUCGCAGCUGCCACGACCAGGGGAUGAUUCUACACAUUUAUAUCCUUCUCCUGCAGAAUUUGCGCCGUUGCUGCGUCACCCGCAGUCUCCUCGCUGGCUAUCAGACUGGAUGUACUCUGAUAUUCCGCAGUUACAUAUCCACGUCGUGCUGUUCCAAGAUGCCACUCUCAUCACGAUCACCCACUUACACACACUAUUCGAUGCCAUGGCACGGGCUGAAUUCAUUAAAGCCUGGGCAGCUGCUGUAGGUGGCAGAGAUCAAGAUAUCCCUCGUUGUAUUCCGAUAGAUCAAGACCCGUUCGCUGCAGUAGGGAGCGAAAAGGCCGCUGCGAAGAACUACGUUUAUUAUGAGCACCUUCUCUCCUGGCCCGCUAUGAUCCUCUUCUUCCUUCGCUUACUUUUUGAAAUACUGUUAUACUGGAAAGAUGAACAGCACACAUUCCGAAUACCAGGACGAUGCGUGGACCGAAUGCGCGAGGCCACCCUGGCGAGUCUCACCGAUAACCGACAAGUCCAUACCAGCCCAAGCGCCCUUCGUGAGUGA